AUGUCGAUUUCGUUAGAAGCACUAGCCAUGUCGGGAGCUAACUUUCUUGAAGUAGGAUUUGAUAUGAAUGAAUGGGAACAAAUGGAAUCAGAGGUACCACCUCAUUUAUUAGCCGAUGAAGAAGAAGAAAACGAAGAAGAAGAAGAAGAGAAGAAAAUCGAAUGGAAUAAAGUCGAUCAUGAAAAUCGAAUGAAGAAGGAAGCCAUCAAGAAAGUCGAGGAUUUUUUUUCCUCUAGUUGGUCUGAUUGCGGAUUUUCGACGGGGCACAAAGCGAGGCUCGAUAAUUGCUUCCGUAAACUCGAUGGAUAUUUAGAGAUAGUGCUUGAUGAACAUUACAAUCUUGAGAGUACGCGGAAAGGCGAUGAUGAUGAAGAAGACCUAGUCGACGCCUUGAUUAGGUUGUCGAAUCAAGAAAAUGGCCUAAUGAGUCCAUUGAGCAAGGAGCAAAUCAAGGCUAUGUUAAUGAACACAUUUCUUGGAGGAGCAGGCACAAGUUCAAUAGUAAUAGUGUGAACUCAUGAGAAAACCAUCAAUAAUGCAUAAAGUACAACAAGAAAUAAGAUCCAAUCUUGGAGCAAAGCCAGAAGUGGAAGCUAAUGAUCUAAGUAAGUUCACAUACUUGAUAAUGGUAGUAUAAGAAACCCUAAGGCUCCAUCCACCGGUACCGCUUUUG